UGAUGGCAGUUUACGCAUUUUGCAACGAUGUUCGAUAAUGAGGGUGUUUUACAGUUCUGAUAAGCAUCGGUGACUGCCGUUCCGUGCGGAAGCCGGGUUUUUGUUAGGGGAAAAAAAGUUGUGUACAGUGUGCUAUCAUUUUCUGACUCAAGUUCAAAUGUGCAACGGCUGUGUGCAAAAAGAAUACCCGGAUCGGGGGAACACUUGUCUGGAGAAUGGCUCUUACCUCAUGAACUACCUGGGCUGUGCCAACUGCCAUCAGAGGGACUUCGUGCUGAUCAGCAAUAAAGCCGCAGAGGAUGAUGAUGGAGAGGAGAUUGUAACAUAUGACCAUGUUUGCAAAAAUUGCAACCACGUCAUUGCUAGGCAUGAAUAUACUUUCUCCGUUGUUGAUGAAUAUCAGGAGUACACCAUGCUCUGCAUGCUGUGUGGAAAGGCAGAGGACUCCAUCAGUGUGUUACCAGAUGACCCCAGACAGUCUGCUCCGCUCUUCUAGACCUCAAAACAAAUCAAACCCACAGGUCAUCUCUCAUUUUUAGAUCAAGUACUGCUGAAGGUCGCUCGCUUUGGGGCUCCAACAAUUUGUAUUAUGCAUUCAAAAUUUUAUGCAUACUCUCAGUUAAGUUGUUGGCUCUUUAUGAAUUACUGUAUGCUAAUGGCAGUGGCACAGGAAGUAAAACUUUACCUUUCAUGACAAAUGCAUACAACUUUCUGUAUGUCAAAUAUGUAUUGUAAAUUAAACAAUUUGUAAUUAAGA